GCUCCCCAAAUGCAGACUCUCUCCGACGGCAACUACCGUUCCUGCGCGAUCCUGGGCGGAAGCGUGGAGGUGCCGGCGGACUGCGGUGGGAGAAGAGGAGAGUGCGGCAGAGGCCGGCCGCGGGAGACCUGCGGCGCAAGAAGGCAGCACGUCGGAGAUGUGAGGAAGCAGCGCUCAGCAGAUCUGGAGUCCGGCGACUCCGACGGCGGUCGAGGUAGGGAAGGAGAGGCAUUUGUGCAUCUGUGUGGAGAGGUGGGGAGGGAGAAGUGCGUGGGAAGCCAGACAAGGAAGUGGCGCUGGUCGACGCGUCUCACACAUCGAUCCAGAUCCAGAUCCAGGUCGAGAUCCACUGACUGGCCAUCGGUGUUGGAGCAGCAGCGCUUGAGAAGGGGCAUGGAUCAUGUCAUCAAUUAUGCUUUCCAAGCUUGCUCUAGCAAUGAAGAGCGUCAAUCACUGGAAGCAGCUACCAAUGCAAGUGUAGCCCAACAAUGGAUGCAGUCGAACCCUCAAUUCACCAUGUCACAACAAGUGCCUCCAUAUUUUACCACCACUCCAUCACCGCAGCAGACUCCACUUCAACCAUCGGUGCAGCGGUUCACAGAAGAACAACGUCCAGUUGCUACUGCCUCUACUGGGAAAAAGGCAUUUGUGAACACCGGACAACGAAAGGAAGGUUUCUGGUUUAGAAUCACUCAAGCCUACAAUGCAGCCCGUGGGAUACAGCCACAGAGAUCACAAAAGUCAUUGAUGAAUCAUUGGGAUUACAUCAAGGAAUACUGCAUGAAGUUCGCUGAUUUCUAUACAGAAAUUCUCCGUAUUAAUCCAAGUGGUAUGUCUGAUGCAGACAAGACUACAGAGGCUCUAGCCAGGUAUGCUGCAGCCAUGUAAAAGCCAUUUAGUCUGAUGCAUUGUUGGAAAUACCUAAAAGAUGAGCCAAAGUUUCAUGAGGCCUGUGCUGGACAAUCAAAGACAAUUAACCUUGAAGAUGAUUGCUAUGGAACACCUACUGCUGGCUCCAAUCAAGUUGACACUGGUGGUGACUCAUCAACCCCACCUAGUGCUGGGAAUAAGAGACCACUUGGAUGGGAUGCAACUAAAGAAUCAAGGAAGAAGGCUGCCUCAUCCUCAUCGUCUUCGGAGUAUAUUUCUAAGAUGCAUGACCUUUGGGCAGACAGGUUCUCUGACAUGAAGGAUGGUCGAGCUGAGAAGAACAAAUACCUCGCACAAAUGGCAGCGCUAGAGAAGGAGAAGAUUGAUCAUCAGGUUGAUAUUGAGGAACGUCGAUUGGCUCUGGAAGCAAGGCGGUUGGACUGGGAAGAACGGAAGGAUGAGUCAAGGAUGCUGGCUGAGGAAGAAUGUAUUCUUAGUAUUGACCUUGACACAUGCAAACCUGCCCUGCGCCUGUUCUACAAGGCACAGCAGGAAAAGAUCCUUGCCAAGUACUCGACUCCACCAUCUUGAGAGCUAUUAUAUGAGAACAAUUUUAUUUGUGUGAGAGCUGUUGUAUGAGAACAAUUUUAUUUGUGAGAAGUAUUGUGUGAGAACAUAUAUAGUUCAACUCCCA